AUGAACGGAACCAACGGUACCCAGGCCAAGACACACGGCGGCGCCCUCGAUCAGACGUCGAUCCAGCUGUUGCAGCUGAGCGGCCUGAUCCAGACAUGGGUCGCCAACUACAUCGCUGCCAAGAAUGACCCGGGUGCCGAGAGCCAAGGAUCGCUGCCGUCCAAGCCCCUCUACGACGCCCGGAGGACCCUGCUGGCCGCCGCCGGCAUGCUCACGGAGCUCGUCAGCGACCCGUCCAGCCGCAUCAUCGAGGUGGCCCUGCAGCAGUUCGAAGCCCGCUCGCUGCAUCUGGCCGCCGCUACUCGCGUUCCCGAUCUCCUGGCGGAGCGCGGCGAGAUGGGCAUCGACGAGCUGUCGGCCCGGGUCGGCGUCGAGAAGAAGAAGCUCUCCCGGGUGCUGCGCUGCCUCUGCUCCAUCCACCUCUUCAGCGAGCCGAGGGAGGACGUGUUCGCCAACAACCGCAUCACGGCCGCGCUGGUGGGCAACGACCCGCUGCGCGCCUACGUCCUGCUGGGCGGCCAGGACGUGUACACGGCGUCCGACUACCUGCCGCGCACGCUGCGCGACCCGGUCAAGGGCCCCUCGUACGCGGUCGAGGUGACCCCCUUCCAGGACGCCGUCGGGGGCACCAAGGCGCCGCGCUGGACCUGGCUCGAGGAGAGGCCGACCAUCCGCGACCUGCUCGACGGCCGCAACGGGCCCGACGGCAAGCCCAGCCCCUACCCGGGCAACUUUGGCACCGAGAUCCGGAUGCUGGCCGAGAAGGUCGCCGCCGGCCACAGCGACCAGGAGCGCGUCCCCCGGCCGGAGCACGGCCUCUUUGGCCUUGCCAUGGUCGGAGGCGGCCGAGUCUUUGGCGAGGCUCACUUGUAUGACUUCCCGUGGGCUUCGCUUGGAUCGGCUACCGUCGUCGAUGUCGGUGGUGGGAUGGGCGGCUUUGCCCUCCAGCUGUCCCACAUCUAUCCGGAUCUCGAGUUCGUCAUCCAAGAUCGCGGGCCGGUCCUGGAGCAGGGCGAGACGGAGCUCUGGCCUCGCGAGAACCCGGCGGCGCUGCGCGCGGGCCGCGUCAAGUUCCAGCAGCACGACUUCUUCGACGAGAACCCGGUCAAGGGGGCGGACGUGUACUGGCUCCGGUACAUCAUUCACGACUGGUCCGACGACUACUGCGUCGACAUCCUGCGGGCCAUCAGGGCGGCCAUGGGCCCGCGCAGCCGCAUCCUCAUCUGCGACCAGGUCAUGAACACGACGGGCGGCUGCGCCGAGCUGCCCUCGGCCCCGGCCCCGCUGCCUGCCAACUACGGCUACUACACCCGCUACUCCCACACCCGCGACCUGACCGUCAUGUCCCUCAUCAACGGCAUCGAGCGCAAGCCGACCGAGUUCCGCGACCUCGUCGAGCGCGCCGGCCUGCACCUGAACCGCUUCUGGGAGUGCCGCAGCCAGGUCGGCCUUGUCGAGGUCGUCCUCCCGGACUCGGAGCUGAGGCGGUCAUGA